CCGGAAGUUUACAUCUGCAACUUGCCGAUUCAUGACGGAUGGAUUACUUGUAGAUUUCAUCAAACUGUUGUGAAACAUCACUUUAUUGGACAAAAAUGUCACGGGCAGGCCUCGAACUACUAUUUGACACUGUGUCGGAGCAGCUGACGUGCCCAGGGGAUGCUGUCAUAUGUGCCUUACACUGGAAUAUCGUUUCACAUGGGUUUAAAUGCACUGGAGUUGGAGAGGAUGGGCACCUGUCUAAAAAGACAGAGCGUCUACCCCCAGGAUGGAACAACUCCAAAGAGCUGUACACACUCAAGUAUAACCACACCAAAUCCAAUGAUGACUUUGUACUUAAAGUGGUGAAAAUCGAUGAAAGUCUCCUUGUGCAUUUCAUGAGACGGAGGGAUGAGAAAGUGUCCAGUAUGAAUGUCCGUCUGGCAACAUACACUAAUCAGGAUCUCACGGACAUAGAUACGGCCUUCAAGAAUUUAGAGGAGCUUGAAAAACACAUUGAAAAGGAAAUACUCACAGUUUUCCUGUCUGGCGCCAAGACAUCGACCUCAAAAGCAUCUGUAGCGAGGACGCAGAGUAAUCAAGGGAGAUCACCCUUGUUGGAAGAUGAUCCGUUGCGUGUUCCCAGUCGUAGGCAGCCUGUCCCUCCCGAUUGGAUGCCAUCCAGUGACCCAUUCGCUGUUGGACGAUCUGACCUUGACCCUUUAGCAGGUGGGAUGGGGGGAAUGCUCAUGGACCCUCGGAGAUCGGGUGUUCCUGGGUUUGCACCUGACCCUAAUGCUGGCCUACCAAGUAGACUUCCUCCGGGUGCAGUUCCGCCAGGAGCGAGAUUCGACCCAUUUGGACCCCCUGGAGCCAGACCUGGGCCUGAUCCUGACCACAUGAAACCUCCAGGCUAUGAUGAUAUGUUCAUGUGAACUGGCUAGUACCGAGUUAUGUUCCUGGCUCUGCUAAACCAUGUUAUCUGGAAAUGGCUGGAUCAUGUGACCAGCCUACUACUAGAUCAUGUGACCUUGCUACUACUGGAUCAUGUGACUUGCCUAGUACUGAAUCAUGUGACCAGCCUAGUACUGGAUCAUGUGACCUUGCUACUACUGGAUCAUGUGACUUGCCUAGUACUGAAUCAUGUGACCUGGCUAGUACUGGAUCAUGUGACCUUGCUACUACUGGAUCAUGUGACCAGCCUAGUACUGGAUCAUGUGACCAGCCUAGUACUGGAUCAUGUGACCUGGCUAGUACUGGAUCAUGUGACCUGGCUGUACAGGAUCAUGUGACCUACCUAGUACUGGAUCGUGUGACCAAAAGACUGUUACUAAGUGAUGUGACCUGGGAGUCAGACCACCAUGUCCUCAUGGUACUUGUUUUAACUUGUAUAUAUUGUAUGUUGUUGAGUACAUGUUCUUGGUUGGUUCUCUUUCUUGGGAAGUAAAGAGUUUUUUGUCAUCA